CGGUUUUCGGGAUCGCUAAGCGAGGUGUGAUGACUCGAUCUGGGAUACUACUGGCUCGGCCUCGGCAAGGCUGCGAGCCCCACGUACAGUCAGGUGCUUAUCAUCAGAUCUGCCCUGUCUACGGUUCACGGAAUCUAUCUUCGGCGACUCAGGUCCAACAUAGCGAUCAGCCAGAAAUUUGACGGCAAUGCCUUCUGUCGGGCGAGCGAAUCACGGCAGCCUUGGCUUGAACAUCAUUUAUAUUAUCUCCCACAAUCACCAGUUUAUAACACUCACUCACGUUCUAUUGGCCCUCCGUAUUCCCCCUUUUUUGUCAUAACACUACCAGCUUCGACAGAAAUAAAUGACCAUGGGAUCCGCCUCCGACAUUGAAAUGGACAAGCACGAUGGGGAGGCUCACGUAGUCGACGCUGCCACCGUUCCCGCUGUGGACGCGCCAUUCGAUGGCAAGUACGCCGGUCUUGACGACCCCGAGAGAGAUGCCGUCUUCGGAGCCAUGCAAGAGGGCGGCGUGGACUAUCGCAGUGUAGGGCUGUCCAAGUCCAUCGUGUUGAUGGUCAAGCUCACUAUUGCUUUGGGUGUGCUGGCUAUGCCAUCAGUCCUCAUGGCAGUCGGCGGUGUUCCCGGAGUGAUCAGUGAGCUUUUGAUCGUCGCGCGGUCUCUUCGCUGACCUUUCUAUCAGUCGUCCUUGUUAUCGCUGGUCUCACUACUUUUACUGGUAUGGUCAUCUACGAAUUCAAGCUCAACCACCCCGAAGUAUAUUCCAUGGACGGUGUAGGCUAUGUACUGUUUGGAAACUAUGGUCGAGAAUUCUUUUCCUUUGCGUAUGCUCUUUUCAUGAUCUGCUUGUGUGGCUCUGGUAUCAUCACCACCUCACUUGCUUUCAAUGCCAUCACCGAACACGCAACCUGCACCGUUGUCUGGGCCGUCAUCGUCGCCGUCAUCACCUUUGCCUUUGCCUCUCUUCAAACUCUUGGCAAGGUCUCCAUCCUCGGCUGGAUAGGGUUCACGUCCAUCAUGGCCGCCAUCCUGAUCAUCACUGUCGCUGUUGGUGUUCAAGACCGUCCCGAGUCUGCCCCUUCCACCGGGCCAUGGGAAAAAGACAUUGCUGCUUUCCGAACUGAUGGUACUUUCCUCGGUGGUAUGAGCGCUGUCUCUACCGUCGUCUUCGCCUACUGUGGUACUCCUGCUUUCUUCAACGUCAUCAGUGAGAUGCGUCAGCCCAAGCGAUACAGCACUGCCCUCUACUCUGCCCAGGGUCUCUGCACCGCAGUCUACUUGACCAUAGGCAUAGUUGUCUACUACUACUGUGGCCAGUACCUUUCCAGCCCUGCCCUUGGGUCGGCUGGUGAGUUGAUCAAGAAAAUUUCCUACGGCAUUGCCCUUCCUGGUCUGCUUGUCGGGUGCAUUCUCUACACCCACGUCGGCGCCAAGAUGAUUUUUGUCCGUGUCCUCCGUGGCUCUGAGCAUUUGACUGGAAACACCUUCACUCACUGGGCUGUCUGGCUCGGUACCGUCGGCGGGAGUGUUGCCCUCGCCUUCAUCCUCGCUGAAUCCAUUCCCUUCUUCAGCGACUUUGUUGGCCUCGUUGGUGCCGUCUUCGGUACCCUCCUUUCCCUCAUUACCCCCGCCUAUAUGUGGCUCUUUGACAACUGGGCCCAACGCAGCACCAACAAGUCUCUCCGCUACCGCUCCACCUUCUUCCUUGCUGUUGCCACCUUCCUUAUCGGUGUCUUCAUCAUGAUCACUGGUACUUGGGCCGCGGUAGUCAGCAUCAAUGACUCUUAUGCGGACGGGACUGUCUCUGGUGCUUUCUCUUGCGCCGACAACAGUACCUAAGUAAACGGUCUUGAACUUGACCCACAAAAUUCUCUCAUUCUCGCAUCAUGUCUGUCAGGCUUUGAAGACGUUGUCACUUUUACGUAUCGUACAGUAUACACACACAUUUCUAUAUAUCUAUUCUAGGAUGGAAGGGAAAGCAAAUACGGUCUUCUGUUGUGUAAAUGGGAAGAGGAAGGAAAGAAGAGGAGGUAACAUAUCCUGUCAUCGAACUUUGAACGAUCUUGUAAAUACUAUGCAUCCAGAAUCAGAUUGCAUGCCA